CGGGAAGGCCUAUCUGAUGCCUCCCUCCGCACUUUUUUUCCCCUCCCUCCCCUCUAUCAGAAUUCAGAAGCACCUCGGCUCCUCCGUCCGCGCCGCGCCAGCCAACCACCGCCGGCCCACACACUACACUUCCACUCUCGUUGGCCUCUUCUUCGGCUCCGAUCCGAUUCGAUUCCAUCCCUCGGCCGGCGUCCUGCGGGAGGGAGGUGCAAGCCGAACCAGCCCGCCAAUGGCAGCUGCGCGGCGGCCGGGGGCGACGAAGCCCAAGGGCGGCGGCGGCGGGGGCGCGGGGAGGAGGAGGAGCGCGUGGCUGGCGGCGGACGGGAGCAAGCGCUGGGGGGAGGCCUUCUUCCUGCUCUACACGCCUUUCUGGCUCACUCUCUGCCUCGGUGUCGUCGUCCCCUUCAAGCUCUACGAGAGGUUCACGGAGCUGGAGUACCUGAUCCUUGGCUUGGUGUCCACCGUGCCGGCGUUCCUCAUCCCCCUAUUCCUCGUAGGGAAGGCAGAUAGUGUUAGAAAUUUCAAAGAUCGAUACUGGGUCAAGGCUAAUAUUUGGAUUAUAAUUUUUAGCUAUGUUGGUAACUACUUCUGGACACAUUAUUUCUUCACAGUUCUUGGCGCGUCAUAUACUUUUCCAUCAUGGAGGAUGAAUAAUGUACCCCAUACGACGUUUCUCCUGACCCAUGCUUGUUUCCUGUUCUAUCAUAUGGCAUCAAAUAUGACACUCCGUAGAUUACGUCACUCUGCAGCUCACUUACCACAGUCUAUUCGCUGGUUAUUUGAAGCUGCAUGGAUUUUAGCACUGUCAUACUUCAUAGCGUACUUGGAGACCCUAGCCAUUGCAAAUUUCCCAUACUAUGAAUUUGUUGACCGGGAUAUAAUGUACAAAGUAGGUUCCUUGUUCUACGCAAUAUACUUCAUCGUCAGCUUCCCAAUGUUUUCAAGGAUUGAUGAAAAAGAUGAGAAGUGGAACCUAUCCAGGGUAGCUGUUGACUCUCUGGGCGCAGCGAUGCUCGUCACGAUAAUACUCGACCUAUGGCGCAUAUUUUUGGGGCCAAUAGUUCCUAUCCCAGAGUCGAGGCAGUGUGGUCAACCGGGGCUCGCAUGGUUCCAAGUGCAGAACGAAAGCACCUGAUUCAGCGAAGCUGCAAGUUCUGCGUUUCCACAUCAUCAUCUAGCAUUCAUCAUGACUGAUAAAAAUCUGCCUCGGCUGCACCAAACAGAUGAUGGCAUUGACAUGAUGUUCUCUCACAAAAAUGAUGACAUGAGGUGUAACUAUAGAGCGUGAAUAUGCUUGUUGUCUUGUAUGUUUUGUAUCAUGUUCAUGGCAUGCCCGUAGUACUGAGGCUGAUUUUCUUUUAAGGCUGCAUAGCAACAGUUAAAGUUUUUAAUAGAGUUUUCUGCAGAGUAAUCAUGUACGAGCUAGCCUUGCAUCACCGAGCACUGUGUUCCUUAACAAUGUUGAAGAAAGGUGACUGAUUGAGUGGUUGUUCUAUGAUCAGUAUAUAGCUUCUAGCAAGAGUA